UAAACAACCUGUAAUCGGACCAAGUGAAAUAUUGAGCAAGUGUAAAAUUCAUAAUAUAUUUAAGGACUUUUGGAUCUGUAAAAUAAUAAAAACACAUUUGCAAUAAUUAAAAGUUGAUGUAGGUCAAAAUUCGAUCAAAACAUUAACUUCACAAUAUUGUGAAUAUCAAGUAAAUCACAUAAAAUUGAAUUUAAAAAAUAAAUAAAAAGUUAAAUAACAUUGAAAUCACCUUGAUUUCAGAAUAAUUUAAGUAAUUUUAAAUUGAUUAUUCAAUGAUUUUGUUUUGGAAUAAAAAUCUAUUAUGAACAGAUCGUGUAAUAUGAGCUCCGGAAAAUUCAAUUAAAAGACAAAAAUAUUUUAAAACAUAAGAUAAUGAAAUAUUUUUAAAAUAAAAAUAAUAAAGUGUUUGUGUAGUGUUUGUAACUCUUAAUGAAAUGCACAAAUUAAGUGAUUAAUUUAUUUAUGAAUACAUUUAAAUUAGACGUGAGUCUAUACAAAAAAAAAGAUAAUUUGAUAAUACGAGAACAGUAGUUAUUGUUUUUUUUUUGUGAAACGCGUUUAGACAACAUAAAUCUAAAAGCUCAAUAAUGUCUGAAAAAAAUAUAGAGACUAAUAAAAUUCCGUUUGUGGAUGAGGAAGCAGAAAUUGGAUCCCGUCAAGAGUCGUUACUUCCAAAAUCGUUGGAACAUGCCAAUCAAAUUAGUGAUACUUCAUUAAACAGAGAUGAAGCUAGAGAUGAGGCAGGACCAUUGCCCAACUCCAAAGAACUGCGACGAAAAGAAUUACGUAGAAAUUCUAUUUCAUUGCCAGAACUUAAUUCUAUUCAAAUGGACGCUCUUAAAUCCAUCCAUGAUGCUGAAGAAAAUACAAUGACGCAGGUGCCAGAAUCAAUACCUGAUGAUCAUUCGGAAGAUCAAUCAAUGGCAUGCAGUCUCGCUGAUCGGGAACAAGAUUUUGGAUUACCGCUUAAUCUUAAGUAUAAGACCCCGAGCAAAGUUGUAUUAGAAUCCGAUGAUGAUGAAGAACCUCCGGGCUACAGUACAAAAAAAUAUCUAUUCCGGAACAAAAGAAAACUGUCUAUUGCUCCAUUGCCAGCACUGAGAAUCAACGAUAAGGAAAUAAUGGCAAACGAAUUCGACACACACAGCGUGAUAAGCAAUCAGGCAUCCAUUACUUCAGCAUCAUCUCUAGCAAGUUUGCUCCGGGAAAAAAUGCAGAACCUUCCACUGAUGAUUCGUAAACGCAGAAAGCCCAGAAAGGAUGUCAAAAUCAAGGUUUUUGUUGGAAUUCUGUUUUUGGUGAUUGUGUUCUUGGUCGGUUACGCGUAUAUCAUGUACCAACAACAAGUGAUGGCCAGAUCAUAUUUUGAAAAGAUUAAGUUCAAUAAAGGUACACGAGUGUUCCGUAUAUUGGAUAAAAAGGGAGAUGAUAUAUUGACAGGUAUACUUGGUGCGGAUUUGAGUGCUGGAAGACCUUUUCGAUGUUUGCCCGAAGAUACGUUCGAUGACGGUAGUGUUUGUCUGGAAUGGGUUGAGAGAGCCCGGCUUUAUUUGAACGAAGAGAAAACGGAUGACGACAACAUCAAGUGUUACGUUGUGCAUUGGAAAUCACUUGUAUCUAAUUGGUUUCCAACGGAUUGUUUCUUUACGGGACCAGAACGUGGACAUUGGUUCGGAGGCGGGUUGCUUAAAGGACUCGAAUGGCCAUUAGAAAAGAGUAGUUUUAAUUUUGCUCCUUUGAUUACCGGAGAUCAUCAUAAUCAACAAUUUGGCAAUGCUGUGAAACGAUACUUUUUAAAUUCAAAAGGUGCAGCUAUCAAAAUUGACGAGAAAGUACCGUUACAUAUUAGCAUGGGAGCUGAUGAUGAAAGUCGUAUGUGUCUUCGAUCGAAACACGAUGACUUUGCUUACCUCAAUCGUCAGACUAAACUACCCGAAAUGAAAUACAAGAUUUGUACAACUCCAGAUUUAAAAUUACUACACAAGUCAAUGACACAAAAAAGUCUUUGGGAUGGUCUUAAAGAAGAGGAUAUAAGUUGUGGUAAAGACUUUAUGAUGUAUGCACUUCCUAAUGCCAAGUAUAAAGAUUGUAACAUUAACAUUCACUCCUUACUAGAGGAGCCGAUUUGGCAAAUCCCAGCAUUGUCAUUGAAAAAUUUCACAGAAAGCUCAAUUUACAACUACACUGAAACAAUUAUCGAAAUGGGUUUCCUUCGGCUUGGACACGUUCUAAUCAAUGAAUUUUGGCAGCGAAAUGUGGGCGAUUUCAAAAUGGAUGAAGAACGUUUUCCAACACUAGAAAACACAAUCAACAUUUUACACCGACGAGGAUUUAAGAUUGUUCUGACGAUCCAGCCAUUCAUCAGCACUGAAAGUGCUAAAUUUGCCGAAGUGGUUGCUAAACAACUAGUUAUCUCGGAACGAGAUGCCGAAUAUUAUGUUCCUGCUUUGACGCGAUAUCAUAACGCUCCAAGUGUUGCUAUGCUGGAUAUCACAAAUAACGCAACGUUGCCAUGGAUGAUGGAUCGCAUUAAGAAGCUAAAGAAAGCCUAUUCAAUUGAUUCAUUUUAUUUUGACAUUGGAAGUGGAUACAAUGUGCCACGACAUUACAAAUGUAAUCGUCCUAUUGACAAUCCAGAUGAGUAUAAAACGCUAUUUUUGAGUAAACUCGAGAACGUUUUGAGUAUGAUUGGCAUUUCAAGUUCAGUUACAGUCCCAAAGCCACCAACUUUUUUGAGUCUCCCUCCAGUUAAUGCCAGUUGGGAGGGAAUGAGGACAGUCGUUGUGUCCGCGAUCACCUAUGGCAUCAUUGGCUAUCCAUUUAUUAUUUCCAACCCUAUUGGUGGAGACUUUUUGAUGCCAGCCAACAAUUCAAAGGCGAUUCUGUAUAGCACACUAACUGCACCACCACUACCUGAUCCUGAAUUGUACAUCAGAUGGUUGCAAUUGAGCACAUUUAUGCCAGUAAUACGCUUUAAUCACUUGCCAUCUGACUAUAAAAGUGAAGUUGUGGAAGGUGUCGCUAAAGAGCUAACUACCAUCAGGGCAAAGACCGUUAUCCCAGUUUUGAAGAAAUAUUUAAAUGAUGCCAUGAAUGAAGGUCUCGCUCUUAUUAGACCUUUGUGGAUGAUGGAUUCGACAGAUGCAUCUUGCCUAACAAUAGAUGAUGAGUUUUCUGUUGGCGAUGAUCUAAUUGUAGCCCCCAUACUGAAUGAAUCGACAUUUCAAAGAGAGGUUUACCUUCCGCAAGGCAUUUGGAAAGAUGGCAUUGAUGGAUCUUUACGUAAAGGUAGCCGAUGGAUUCACAAUUAUAAAGUUCCUUUAGAUAAAGUUGCGUAUUUUGUAAAAAUGCCAGAUAAUACUCGAUUUUAGAAAAUCUGAAUUCGAACGUGAUAUCCUAAUAAAUCAAAUGAAAGUAUUAUUAAUUUUAAAUUUUACUCUUUAUUGAUGAUUUAUUUAAGUAAAAAAUUGAUGUUGCUUCUGCUGGUGAAGCAUAAAUACAAUAAAAAUUAGUGUAAGGAUAACAUAUAAAAUGGUUGUGUAUAUUUUAAGUACGACACGUUUAAAAUACAUACUAUGAAAAUAGUAAAAGAUGUUAGUAAAGGUC